UCAUGCUUAUAAUUGAAAAAUAUUUUUUCUCAAAUUUGAAUAUGUAGCUAGUCGAUUACAUUCUUUUAUAUCGUUUUAAUUGUUUAUUUACUUAUGCGUCCACGCGUAAAUACUAAUGAGCAAAUAUCUGUCUCUAGUGAGAUUUAUUUGAAAGCAAGCAUCGAUUAUAAAACAAUGUUUACUGUUAUUUCCACCGUUGAAGAUAACGCGUAUAUGGCAAAAGGCCGGUUUCGAAGAUAGUGCGGGCGAAUGGAUAAGAAAGCUGAGGAGGUGAUACGACGGAUUCUCUUGAGCGAUGAUUGAUCACUUGUCUGAUUAUAUAUUGACGCAUUUACCUACGCCUGCGCAGCAUAUGUGUACGUAUGAUACCUGAGUCUCAGGUUGAGAAUGAAUGAGUCAACCUUGUUACGAAUAGCCACGUGCGAUUAUAAACGUAUCUGAUGAUAUUCAAAACGAAUGUGAACGUACUGCAAAGCGCAAAAUUUAUGCGAUGUCUGUGUACUUAAAGCUACGUUUCUUGCCUCACACAUUUCUUUCCAAAAAGGGUCUCGACUGCCUCUUUUCUGUAUCCGCUGAACAGACAGUUCAGUGCUGCCCGGUUUACUUGAUGAGAUCGGAGAAUAGUAAUCUCUCCAGAAAUAUAAUUGCCUUUUUAGAAUCUGAUCCAAAUCUGGAUUAUGAAGAUUCGAAGAUAUGUAAAAAAAACUUGUUGAGAAACUUCAGGAAGCGAUUCCAAGAAACUUUCGAGAGAGAAAAUCGCCAACCGUAACAACUUUAACUGCUGCAAGAAAGCACUCAACGUCAAGGAUCCAAGAUGAGAAGGAUGAAGUUUAACGGCAUUUGCACAAAACACUCGGGACAAGAAACUGUGUUUCAUCAACAAAUCCGCACAUGGCCGAAUUCGAUAAGUCUUCGAUAUGGUCGUCCCUCCGGAUCAUAAGCUCCACGAGGUAAUUCAAGUAUCGGGGCUGAUACUUUCAGAUGAUAUUAGACGACAAAAGAUCGAGAACCAUGUGGCGAAGAUGCGAUUUUCCGCGGCGACUGCCAGGAAGAUCCAGGACGUCUUCAUUUCGGAAAUGAACAAGGGAAUCCACCAGCAACCAUCUUCGCUGCAGAUGGAGAACACCUAUAUACCGGAACUGCUCGAUGGAACAGAGGAAGGUCUGUACUUGGCGCUCGACCUCGGUGGCACCAACUUCCGCGUGCUCCUGCUGGAAUUGGCCCAUGGUGCUCCUGUUCGACAAGAGGUGAAGCGAUAUUACAUCGGAUCCGAGUUAAGGGUUGGCUCAGCGAUCCCUCUGUUUGACUAUCUGGCUGAGUGUGUCAGUGAUUUCGUCAUAGCUCAGGGCCUUCAGGACAUAGAGCUUCCUCUCGGCUUCACGUUUUCGUUUCCAAUGGUGCAACACUCGCUGGACGUCGGUAUCCUGGUAACGUGGACUAAAAGUUUCAAUUGUCCCGAUGCCGUGAACAAGGACGCCGUGAGACUCCUACGGGAGGCCCUGGAUCGGCGAGACGAUACGAAGGUAAAGGUCGUGGCGGUGUUGAACGAUACCACGGGUACUCUGGUGCAGGGUUCGACGUUGGAUCACAAUACGGCGAUUGGACUUAUCCUAGGAACCGGCAGCAAUGCUUGCUACCUCGAACGUGCGGAUAGGGUUGAACAUUGGGAGACUGAAAGACACGGCGAGAGACAAGUCAUCAUCGAUAUCGAGUGGGGCGCUUUUGGCGACAACGGCGUUUUAGACUUUAUCAAGACGGAUUUUGACCGCGAGAACGACGCCAAUUCCCUUAUCGUGAAUUCGUUUACAUUUGAAAAGUACAUUGCCGGCAAAUAUCUCGGUGAGGUGGUGCGCGUGAUACUUGCGAGGUUGACCAAAGAGGGGCUUUUGUUUGUAGGAGAAAACGCACCACAGAGCCUUCUAACACCCGGCAGUCUUACCACCGACCUGGUGUCGCACAUUGAACAGGACUCAGUGGACGGCGGUGACGGCAACACGAAGGAGGUUCUUGGAAAGUUUGGUAUCGUUCCGGACCAGGAUGACAUCAGGAUCGUCCAAUACGUGUGCGCGGUAGCUUCCAAUCGCGCCGCUCUUCUCGUCUCGAUAUGUCUCGCGAGUCUGCUAGACCGCAUCGACAGGGAACAAGUAACGAUUGCCGUGGACGGUUCCCUGUACAAGCAUCAUCCUCGAUUAGAGGGCUGGAUGACAAAAUAUAUCUCGCUUCUCGCUCCGGGACGGAAGUUCAAGUUGAUCCACGCGGAAGAUGGAAGCGGCAAGGGUGCCGCGCUGGUCUCCGCAAUCGCUCAGAGACUUCAGAAGCGAUUGCAAUAAGUGUAAAUGCACGAUUUAGCUAGAGCGUCCUCUUGUCGCCGCAGUCGUUGGUACAACACCAUGCGAAUCGUCGAUAGCCAUAGAAACAUCUUGCCAGCAGAUCCUACGUCGACAUCGUCGUAGCUUUCCGCUAGUAUCUGUGAAUAUUACCUGUAAUGCCUUGAAUUCUCCCCAUCCCUCUGAAUUACUCGUCUUUCAAUCGAAAUUUAGGUAUCCUCGGAAUGACAUUAGACUUGUAUCGCUCUCGAUGAAACGAAGUGACAAAAAAAUAGAAGAGUUACAUAUUAAUAUUAUAAAAUUGUGAUUGACCGAACGAAAGCGCGCGUGCGUGUAUCAGUUUAGGGAAAUAAACGUACGCUGGUCAAGUGCAAAGGGGAAUCGUGAGAGACUAUCGAUUAUCGAGGGAGCAAAUUAAAAAUGGACGAAGAUACUAUUUAUUAAAUAAAACUGCAAUGUGAGAGUGCAAUACGUUUGCAAAGUUAAAAAUCAUUGCGUCUUGUAAAUGUUUGGGAACGUUCCUUUUUGUACGAGAGAGAAAAACUCGCAGUUGUUACAAUAAAAGAUUAGAAAAACAUUGAUUUAUUUUAAUAAAGCGUUGUGUUUAUAUUGGCUA